AUGCGUUUCUCACUUCAAUCCUUGGCCAUCUGCUUCGUCUCGAUCCAGGCCCAUCUCGCUCUGGCGUCGCCGUGCAAGCCUUUGACUACUACUACGGCGCUCGCUGCUAUCACCACCACCACUGCGAUCACUGACGACUCUACCACUACGGCUGCUGGUGCUGGAGAAACUACCUCUGCCACUCUUGGCGAAGCCACUACCACUACUGCCAUCUAUGAUCUGUCUACCACUCUGACUCUUAGCGAAGGCUCAACAACCACUGCACUUGUCGAAGAGUCCACCACCACUACUCUUGCUGAAGACACAACCACCACUGCCAUCACCGCCGAACCAACUACGACUACCUUCGAGGCGACUGCCACGACUGCUGCUGAGACUACCACUACAACAGAGGCCCUCGAGGGUACUCAAUUAUCCGCCAUCUUCGUUGACAACACCGAGAAGGAUACUUAUGUUGAUAAAUGGGGCAGCAUCUACAGCGUUCCUCAGACAGGCGGCUCAAUCUCAAAGGCCCGCUUCGAACUCGAGCCUGAGACCAACAGGGUCUUCACACAUCUCGUCGAUGGCACAAAAGUCUACCUCUUCACUGUCAUCCCGGGUGGGAAUAACUAUGCCUUCAUGUUUGACACGGCAGAAAAUAUCGACCAAUAUCCUGCUAUUUACCACUACGUUCAGUGCACAGCAGGUGCCAAUAACAUCCUCAGCUGUGCGUCUGAAGUCGGCCCAACUCCUAUUGUUUGGUACUGGGUGGCGAAUGGUGCGAGGUAUUAUGGGAACAGUAACCCGAACUUUAAUAUGUAUCCACUUGUUACUUUUAAACUCGGCUAA